CUCGCCGCCAUCAUCGUUCAAAAAGGCACUCGCAAACGUCUUUAUCAUUGCACUAUUAAAAAUACUCAAACUCUAUAAUGGCUGUCUUUGUUAUUACCGGCGCACGAACUGGAAUUGGACGAGAGACUGUCCUCCAGCUCGCAAAAAUCCCUUCAAACACGGUCGUGGCAAUCGUCCGCAACCUGCAAGCAGACCUCUCUUCCCUCAACGAGAUCAAGGCUAGCAGCAACGGCGUCGUUCACAUUGUCGAAUGUGACGUUUCCAACCCAGACUCGAUUUCCCAGCUGGUCACACGUCUGGCAAAAGUGCUUGGAGCAGACUUUCGCGUUGAUGUGCUCAUUCAAUACGCUGCCAUCCUGCAUUCCAGGGAGCAAACGAGCACCAACUUGACCGCAGAGUCUCUCAUCUCUCACUUUGUCUCUAACACGGUUGGCCCGGCUCUCGUCACUCAAUCGCUACUACCGCAUCUAGUCUCUGGCGCAGUGAUUACCAACAUCACUUCGGGUAUUGGCAGCCUCAAGAUGCUCACCAACAGACAGAUCCCUGCUGAAAUCACCCCUUACAGCAUCAGCAAAACUGCAUUGAACAUGCUCACCGUUCACCAGGCGUGUCAAUUGGGAUCACUGGCGUCUGUUGUCAUUAUUGAUCCCGGACAUGUGAAGACGGAAAUGGGCGGGCCGAAUGCUGUGGUUGAGAUUCCGGAUAGCGCGAGAGGGAUCAUCAAGAUUGUCACGGAUUUGAAGCCUGAAGACAGUGGAAAGUUUCUACUGUAUAAUGGGACACAGCUACCAUGGUGA